UGUUCAGUUGGUUCUAGCUGAGACUGCAGGCAGGGUAAAACUCCCAUUGCAGAAGCCAGAGGCAUAAGGAGCGGUUUGCGCUGAAACCCUGACUCGUGGUGCUGAGUGGAGCCUUGGCAGGGCUGUAAAGUACAGGCGAUUCCUGACUGAGACAGGCUAAGUCUCUGCUCGGUUGCUGAGGGGUGUUGCCUCCGACACUGCUGAACCAUGACGUCCUACCGGAUGGAGCUGGAGAAGUACCGGGACAUUGAUGAGGAGAAGCUCCUGAGGGAACUUUCCCCUGAGGAGCUGGACCAGCUCGACCUAGAGCUGCAGGAUAUGGAUCCCGAGAACAUGAUGCUCCCAGCCGGGCUGCGCCAGCGAGACCAGACCAAGAAGAGCCCGACGGGGCCACUGGACCGGGAUGCCCUCAUGCAUCACCUGGAGAAGCAGGCCCUGGAGGCAAAGGAGCGUGAGGACCUGGUGCCAUUCACUGGCGAGAAGAGAGGGAAACCCUUUAUCCCAAAGAACCCCCAGCGGGAGAUCCCCAAGGAGGAGCAGAUCACUCUGGAACCUGAGCUGGAGGAAGCCCUGGCCAACGCCACCGAUGCAGAGAUGUGUGACAUUGCAGCCAUUCUGGGGAUGUACACCCUGAUGAGCAACAAGCAGUACUACGAAGCCAUUUGCAGCGGCAACAUUACCAGCACCGAAGGCAUCAAUAGUGUGGUAAAGCCGGAUAGGUACAAACCAGUCCCAGAUGAGCCGCCGAACCCCACCAACGUGGAGGAGACCCUGAAAAAAAUCCAGAACAACGACAAGGACCUGGAGGAGGUCAACCUGAACAAUAUCAAGGACAUUCCCAUCCCGAAGCUGAAGGAAAUCUGCGAAGCCAUGAAAACCAACACCCACGUGAAGAAGCUGAGCCUGGUGGCGACUCGGAGCAAUGACCCCGUGGCCAAGGCCGUGGCCGAGAUGCUAAAGGAGAACAAGACUCUUCAGAGCCUCAACAUCGAAUCCAAUUUCAUCACCAGUGCCGGGAUGAUGGCCGUCAUCAAGGCCAUGCAGCAGAACACCAUGCUGGCUGAGCUUAAGGUGGACAACCAGUCUCAGCGGCUGGGGGACUCGGUGGAGAUGGAGAUGGCCGCCAUGCUGGAGAAGUGCCCAUCCAUCAUCCGCUUCGGGUACCACUUCACGCAGCAGGGACCAAGGGCCAGAGCCUCCAUUGCCAUCAGCAAGAACAACGAGCUCCGUCGCAAGCAGAGGAAGACAUAAUGCCCGGCACCCGGCCUGUGUCUUUAACGCCUCUCUGUGCCUCGAAGCCAUCAGUCCCGGCCGGCUGGUGCCCUGCGGCCAGGGCUCUGCCUCCAGCUCAAAGCAAAGGGGAGCUUUUUGUUCUUUUUGUAGAUUUCCUGAAGCCGGCCCUCAGCUGUCGGCCCCCCACCCCCUUCCCGCCCCAUCUAGUACUUGGAGUCCCCAGCUCAAGUUACUUGUUCCUAGGAAGAGAACUGAAGUGAGUAUUUUGGUUCUCACUGUAAAUAAAGAGAUCACUAUGCGGA